CAUACUAAUAUCCUCCGGAGGCUCUGCGGCAACUCGUGGGGCACAUCACAAACCAUGAUGUUGCAGUUGUAUCACGGUCUGGUACUGUCACGCCCCCUCUACGCACUCCCCCUGGCCUCACUGAUGCCGAGACACCUGGAGAUGCUCGAAAGAGCCCAAAGGGUGGCACUGCGGAUCUGCCUCGGGAUCCCAAGGGGAGCACCAUCACAGCCGACACUCGUCGAGGCGAACGCGGCCACAGUCGAGCACCAGCUGGAGCAUCGCGCGUUGAGACACCUCAUCUGAAUGAGCGGCUGCACGUCAACCACUUCACUGCUGCAGAGCAUCCGAGGGAGACCGGAGUCGGAGCUGGGACAGAUGCUACACAGGCUGGACGAGAUCGUAGGCAAACCACCACCACUGCCACCACUCCCAGCGCUGCAUCACGGCCCGGAGCCGCUCCGGGUUGCCCUCGGAGUGGAGGGGAUGACGUCCCGAAGAAGGGUCAACGCUGCGGUGGCGAGGCAGCUGACCGAACACCAUCUGGAGCACAGCUACCCGGGCUGCAAAAGAGUCUACACAGACGGCUCGGUACGGCCGUCUGACGGAUCAUCCACGGCUGCAGUGGUGCUGGAAGACGGCAGGCGGAGUCUCAGCGGCAAGCUCGGCUUCUAUGCGUCGAGCACGACGGCGGAGCUCGCGGCGCUGGGACUUGCGGUGGCUGCUCUCGUCCACAUCGGAGACACGGCGGAGGACCCAGUAAGCUGGGUUAUCUGCUCGGACUCCAGGGCAGCACUGACGCGACUGGCAGAGCUGGAGAGGGCCCCACCACUGGCCAGAAGAGUUGCGAUGACGGCGGGACGUCUGUCGGAGCAGGGCCACUGCCUGAACUUCCAAUGGGGGCAGGCGCACUGCGGGAUUGGAGGCAACGAGGCGGCCGACACCCUGGCU